AUGGAUUUUUCUGAAAUCGAAAAAACGAUCUAUGGGGGUAAUGUUGAAGAGGAUGAAGAGUUAAUGGCUGAACUUCUUGCUCUUCAGCAGGAAGAGGAGGCCAAACAAAGACGAAAUGCUCCACCGCCUGCUAGGCCUGCACCAGCUAUGACUGUCAAACCAAGAGGUGGUGCUCCUUUAGUCGAGCUACUUUUUUUACCAGGUGUGGAUCCCACUUUGCUUUCGAAAGCCUUGGCCGAUGAUGUUGAGAUAGAUGAGAGCACGCUGGAGAAUGAUCCGGAAUUACUGGCUGAACUGUCUGGCCUGAUAGGGGGAAGUGAAGAGGAAGGGCCUCCAAUAGCGGAUGCAACCGCAUCUGCCCCGCUUCCCAGACCGCCGCCAUCAGGUACACGAGACGUCGCUCUGAUAACCAAACUUCGCGGAUUAAAGGAUGUGUAUGAGAAAAUGCUCGCCGCUAGCGCCAAAGAAGGGAAUGCGGUGAAACAAAGAAGGCACCAACGAACCGUUGACAGACUGAAGGAGUUGAUCGUUAAAGCUGAACGCGGUGAAAGCAUUGACGAGUCAGAAAUUCCUCCGGCACCACCUUCAUUUACCCCUCCUUCCAGUGAACCCACGCUACCUCCUCGCCAUGCUCCACCUCCUCCCCCUCAUGCCAUGCAACCUCCUCCAGUACCAAGAAGGAGCACUUCAGGAGUCAUCCAAGGAUCCAGCGAAGCUGCGCCGCCGCCAGUCCCGCGGCGAACUUCAUCCUCAUCACUGCCUCCAGAAAGCCCGCAAAAGAGUGCUGACUUGCGAAAGGAGCAAGUUCUGAAGGUCUUGAAAAGAAGACGAGACGCAUAUGUGGCGAACGGAAAAGCAGCAGUAGCGGCCAUGGACAAGACAGCUGCAAAGCAGUACGUCGAAGUGGCAAAAAUGUUCGACCAGGCGUUAGCAGCCCUGGACACUGCCAGUGCGGACGAGCUGGACUUGGCGGAUGUUCCGCCGUCUCCACCACCUUACAGGAGGGUCGAGAAAGUCGAGAAACCUGCAACAUUUGUCGAUGGACUUCAGAGUCGAUUGGAAAGAUUCCAGGCAUUAGCAAGGAAGGCAGCUCAAGAAGGCAAUGACAGGAAGGCCAGGAUGAAUAAUCGGAUGGCUGAACAAUAUGCUGCAGCUAUUAGAGACGCUAAGGCAGGACGUCCUGUGGCGGUUGCUGACCUCCCUUCACUCCCCGACAUGCCGCCGUUACCCCCGCAGAAACCGCAAGGAGCCGUUCCGAAGGGUCCAGCUCCAGGAAUGCGCCCACCGCCGGCUGUUGGACCAUUGGCUCCAUCAGGACAACCUGGGAAAUCAAGGAACACUACCCAACUGGAAUUCUUGUUAAAGCGGCAGAACGAGUUCAGGCAUGCAGCAAUGCAAGCAAAAGCUCAAGGAAAUAUGGAAUUGGCCAAGAAAUAUCUGCUGGAAUCUAAGUUGAGUCCAAUUGUAGUCCUGGUUUCGAUUAAAAUGAUAGCAGCUGCCCAGCCGGCUUGCCUGUUUCAAUCAAAUCAACUCCUAUUCCUCCUCAAGCAACUACCUCCCAAGCGACCCUUCAACCUCGAAUCGUUCCUUCAGCGACAAGUACUACAGGAAUUGAAGGUACCGUUUCCUUCUACUGUUUAUCACCAUCUGUGCGGCUCAAUUUUACAUUCUCACCACUACUCAUAA